UCCUGUCAGUUGGCAACAGUGACAAAAUUGCAGUGAAACGGGGUGGCGUAGCGGAUUGCGCCCGUUCCCGUUUUUAACAUUUUUCACUAACUACGAGCUUCAUCCGUGACUUAUUUGUGUAAAAUAAUUAUAAGUCGAUAGUGAUAAGUGUUUCGAGUGCGCGACGGAACGCGAUGGACGCCGCAUGAGCUGUGAAUUUGUGCCUAACAAGUUACUGGUAGAUGUUGUUAAUGGCGUCCAGGACAGAAUAAAAUCAAAAUGUUUGUGUGAAAACGUGCAAUAAUCGGAGGAAGCUGCUGUGAUGUGUUUAGUUGCUGAAUGCGCAGACGCGUGGCUGGCGCGGUGAUGGCGGUGGCGGGCGCUCCAUGAGCCGGCUGCUGUGCUGUCUGUGUGCGCGCCCAGCCGACAUGGGCGCCGCGCUCUCGCAUCCUCAGGAGGGCGAGGCGUGCGAAGCCGCCGGCGUGGCUGCCGCUCCUCCUACCAUGGCUGAUGUCAUACGAGAGAGGAAGAAGAAGGCGGCGGGCUCGGGGCUGGGCACGCUGCGGCGCCGCAUCGCCCUCGUGCGGCGACCGCGCGACAAUCGCCCCGAUAGAGGCUGCGAGCACGCGCGCUUCAUCCGCGCGGUGGUGUCGUCGUGGCGGCUGGCGGAGGUGUUCCUGCUGUGCGAGGAGCUGGAGGCGGCGGCGGCGCUGCGCGACCUGGUCACGCAGGCCGAGCUGGCGCGCGAGCCCGCCGGAGCCCUGCACCAGGACCUCGCCCGGGCGCACGCAGACAGAUGGUGGUGUGACGUGGAGCUAGUAGGCGCGGGCUGGUCGAUCCCGGCACAUCGCGCGAUCCUGUCCGCGCGCUGCACUUACUUCCGUGACCUGCUGCAGAGAUACCCGCCGUCAUGUUGCCGCGUCCCCCUAGAGGGAGCCUGCUCAGCACUGUCCCGCGAGGAGUUGGAGGCGGUGGUGCUGGCGCUGUACGCGGGGAACAUCGCGUGCUCCAGGAAUACGCUGUGUCAUCUGUGUGCCAAGUGGGAUCGUGGCGUGAACGCGGACGGAGAUCUCGACAUCAUCAAUGUGGAUAAUAAUGCCACAUGUCGUUCGUGCUCGUGCAACCGCUCCCGCAUGGAUGCCUCCACGCUCCGCCGCCUCGGCGCCCUCCUCGGCUUCACGGCCGACGCCCUGCACCGCGACAUGCGCUAUCUACUGGAAUCAGCCGAGGCGGCCGACGCUCGGCUGGUGUUCCGCCUGGACGCGGGCUGCGGCGCCGCGUACGGCUUCCGCGCGGCCGCAGACCUGCCCUGCCAUAGGAUCGUACUGGCUGCUAGGUCCAGGUUCUUUAGUGUCCCACAGAAGUCGUGGUGGCCUAGUGUGUUAAGCACCAACCUUUCAACCGAGGCGGCCGAUGCUCGGCUGGUGUUCCGGCUGGACGCGGGCUGCGGCGCCGCGUACGGCUUCCGCGCGGCCGCAGACCUGCCCUGCCAUAGGAUCGUGCUGGCUGCCCGGUCCAGGUUCUUUAGGUACUUGCUGGAAUCAGCCGAGGCGGCCGACGCGCGGCUGGUGUUCCGCCUGGACGCGGGCUGCGGCGCCGCGUACGGCUUCCGCGCGGCCGCUGACCUGCCCUGCCAUAGGAUCGUACUGGCUGCUAGGUCCAGGUUCUUUAGGAGCGUGAUGUCUCGUCGCGCGGGCGGCGCGGGCGGCGGCGCGGCGGCGUGGUGCGUGGACGAGAAGGUGCUGCCGCGCCGCUUCGCGCGGGCGCUGCUGCAUGCUGCCUAUACUGAUACUGUGGAUCUAAGUCUGAUAGGUCGUAACUCCACGUCUCCGUCUUCCACCAACAGCACCGCCAGUGGCAACGCAUGGUCGGGAGUAGCUCGCGGCGGCUCGCGUCCCGUCACGGCCGCCAUGCUAGAUGACGCCUUCCAACUGUAUGAAAUCGCCAGGUUCGUAGAGAUGCCAAUCGUAGUGCAAGGCUGCGAGGACGCGAUAGUGGAAGCCCUGACGCCCGACAGCUUGCCGCACGUGCUGCGCUGGGCUGCGCAGCCGCAUGCCUCGCAUUGGGUGCACAGACAAGCGAUGCGGUACCUGCGCGACGAGUUCCCCACGAUCAUGUCGGGCAGCAGCUGCGGCCGCAUCCCCACCAGCGCCCUGUGCGAGGCACUAGCGUCGCCCUUCCUGCAGGCCAGCGAGCCCCAGGCGCUGCGGGCGCUGCUGCGCUGGGCAGCCGCCGCCCGCCCCGACCCGCCCCCGCGAGCCGCCGCCCGCCCCGACCCGCCCCGCGAGGUGGUGUCCGCCCCCUGCCUGCAGGCCAGCGAGCCCCAGGCGCUGCGGGCGCUGCUGCGCUGGGCAGCCGCCGCCCGCCCGACCCGCCCCGCGAGGGGUGUCCGCCCCUGCCUGCAGGCCAGCGAGCCCCAGGCGCUGCGGGCGCUGCUGCGCUGGGCCAGCGAGCCCCAGGCGCUGCGGGCGCUGCUGCGCUGGGCAGCCGCCGCCCGCCCCGACCCGCCCCGCGAGGUGGUGUCCGCCCCCUGCCUGCAGGCCAGCGAGCCCCAGGCGCUGCGGGCGCUGCUGCGCUGGGCAGCCGCCGCCCGCCCCGACCCGCCCCCGCGAGAAUCAGGCCUAGUGUGGGCUCGAGCGCAGUCGGUGGGUCGGCGCGGCGGUCGGCGGCGCGACGCCGGCGACGCCGCACUGCGCGACGCGCUGGCGCCGCUCGCGCCGCUGUUGAGGCUGGAGCACCUGCCGCCUGACCAUGAGCUGUUGCAGCAGGUGGUCCGUCGCGGCAUAGUGGCUAUGGGCGCGGGCGAGGGCGCGGGCACGGCGGCCGCGUGGCUCGGCCGCGGCUCCUACCGCCCGCCCCGCUGCUUCCUGCCUUACUUGGACGAGCUGAAGGUAUGUUGUACUGUCGCGGCAUAUGGCUAUGGGCGCGGGCGAGGGCGCGGGCACGGCGGCCGCGUGGCUCGGCCGCGGCUCCUACCGCCCGCCCCGCUGCUUCCUGCCUUACUUGGACGAGCUGAAGGUAUGUUGUACUGUCGCGGCAUAGUGGCUAUGGGCGCGGGCGAGGGCGCGGGCACGGCGGCCGCGUGGCUCGGCCGCGGCUCUACCGCCCGCCCGCUGCUUCCUGCCUUACUUGGACGAGCUGAAGGUAUGUUGUACUGUCGCGGCAUAGUGGCUAUGGGCGCGGGCGAGGGCGCGGGCACGGCGGCCGCGUGGCUCGGCCGCGGCUCCUACCGCCCGCGCUGCUUCCUGCCUUACUUGGACGAGCUGAAGGUACUGUCGCGGCAUAGUGGCUAUGGGCGCGGGCGAGGGCGCGGGCACGGCGGCCGCGUGGCUCGGCCGCGGCUCCUACCGCCCGCCCCGCUGCUUCCUGCCUUACUUGGACGAGCUGAAGGUAUGUUGUACUGUCGCGGCAUAGUGGCUAUGGGCGCGGGCGAGGGCGCGGGCACGGCGGCCGCGUGGCUCGGCCGCGGCUCCUACCGCCCGCCCCGCUGCUUCCUGCCUUACUUGGACGAGCUGAAGGCAUUACUCGAAGACCAGGCGGUGCCGGAAGCGGAGUUGUCCCGCGCGAGACGCGAGCGCUACCUGCAUCGGAUACCCGACACACUGUAUAUGGUGGCAGCAGCGCGGACAUGCCCCCCGCGCUCGGCCCCCGCGGCGGACACGGGCGGGGCCCGCGCCUGCGUGUCGCCGCGCGUGCUGGCGGCGCUGCGGGCCCGCACCCGCCUGCUCCGCGCCGCGCCCCCCGCCGCGCGGGCCCUCGCGCUGCACGAGGGGGGCAGGGACACUGUGUACAAGCAGGUAUGUACUGCUGGGGCCCGCACCCGCCUGCUCCGCGCCGCGCCCGCCGCGCGGGCCCUCGCGCUGCACGAGGGGGGCAGGGACACUGUGUACAAGCAGGGCCCGCACCCGCCUGCUCCGCGCCGCGCCCCGCCGCGCGGGACCCUCGCGCUGCACGAGGGGGGGGACACUGUGUACAAGCAGGGGCCCGCACCCGCCUGCUCCGCGCCGCGCCCCGCCGCGCGGACCCUCGCGCUGCACGAGGGGCAGGGACACUGUGUACAAGCAGGUAUGUACUACUGCAGGGGCCCACCCGCCUGCUCCGCGCCGCGCCCCGCCGCGCGGACCCUCGCGCUGCACGAGGGGCAGGGACACUGUGUACAAGCAGGGGCCCGCACCCGCCUGCUCCGCGCCGCGCCCCCCGCCGCGCGGGCCCUCGCGCUGCACGAGGGGGGCAGGGACACUGUGUACAAGCAGGUAUGUACUACUGCAGGGGCCCGCACCCGCCUGCUCCGCGCCGCGCCCCCCGCCGCGCGGGCCCUCGCGCUGCACGAGGGGGGCAGGGACACUGUGUACAAGCAGGUAUGUACUACUGCAGGGGCCCGCACCCGCCUGCUCCGCGCCGCGCCCCCCGCCGCGCGGGCCCUCGCGCUGCACGAGGGGGGCAGGGACACUGUGUACAAGCAGAUAGCGUUACGGGCUGUGCGCGAGAUGUCGCUGCCGGACGCGUGCGCAGACCUGCUGCUCGCAGACCUAGACUUAGACAGGGAGAGAGAAGCUGAAGACUGGGAGUCAGUGACGGAGCGCGAGAGACAACCGGACGAUACCGAGCCCGAGCGCUGGCCCGACCAGCCGCUCGACUGCUGCAGGUAA